AUGAAUGACUCAAAGAAAGAUAGAAAGCGACGCCGGCGAGAAUCAGCGAAGAACGAAGAUAGUGAGACCAGGAAGAAGCGUAACAGUCACUACAAAAAUUUAAGAAAACUUCAGAAGAAACGCCGAAAGGAAAGAAAGAAAGCUGGCGUUGCUGGAAAUGAAGGAAGGCAGGAGCAGAAGCCGCAAAACGCCAGUAAGCAGAACAGCGCAGAGGGUCAGGAUGCCAGAAAGAGAGAUUUCUCAAGAGGAAAACGACUGGUUUCUGCCGCUCUCAAUCGAAAUGCGGAGGAAAGCCGAACCAACAAACGUUUGAAACCUACAACGCAGACAGCUGGAGUUGCUCAGAACAUUGCUCAGUCAAGAAGCAGUACGCUCAAAGAAAUCAGCCCAUCGAAUUUAAGGCGAGUGAUGGGAUCAAAGCCCAUUGGAAGCGGUACUUUCGGCACGUGCUUCCUCGCAAAAUACCGUGAUAUCGAAGUUGUCGUUAAAGAAUACAAGGGCGCGUCCAGUUCCUCCACGGACAGAGGCUUCGAAAGGCGUAGGAAAGAGGCUACCCACGAGGCUAGAGUUAUACAGCAGCUAGGUGACCAUCCUGGAAUACCUCUUUUGUUCGGGGUGGUCCUGCAACAACAGCCAGUCAGCAUCGUACUAAAGUUUCAUGGAAGCGGGGAUAACAGCCUUACCCUAAUCAAAGCUGCAAAGGAGAAGAAGAUAGCGAAAAAGGACUGGCAGAAAAUAUUUUGUGAGGUUGCAGAUGCCCUGAAACACAUUCACCAAUGCGGCUACAUACACAAUGACCUGAAGAGCAACAAUGUAGUCCUUGAGACGAGUGAAAGUAUUCCGCGCCCAAGACCUGUAAUCAUCGACUUCGGGAAAAGUGUUUUGGCAGUAAAAGCGAAGAAACCUACUGCGAAACCAGUCUGUGUGCGAGGAAACUACAAGAACAGCUACAUUGCCCCAGAGUUGAUCGACGGAACAUGCAAACCAUCUGUUAAAACUGACAUUUUUGCUUUUUGCUUUAUGAUCAAGUCAGUGUAUAGGCUUUUGAAAUUUAAUUUCCCUCCAAUUGUGGGAGACACUCUUAUCCAGCCUCCACAAAGUCGGCCUUCAAUUGAAAAGCUAAAGGAAUGUUUAACAGAGUAA